GGUCCAGGGAGGGGGAGGGAGCAGGCUGAGCUGAUCCCACGUGUGACGAUUGCAUUCCCGGCUCAGUAAUAUUCUCUUAGCGGGGCUUCGCGUAGCUUUCGCCGUGUCUGUGUGUGUUUUGUUAGUUACUGCCUCUAGUUGGGUUAGCUAUGGAGGGAGACGGGAGCCAAGCCACAUCUGGAAGCCCCAACGACUCGCAACACGACCCGGGUAAAAUGUUUAUCGGUGGCCUCAGCUGGCAGACCUCACCAGACAGCCUUAGAGACUAUUUCAGCAAAUUCGGGGAGAUCAGAGAAUGUAUGGUGAUGCGAGACCCCACGACAAAACGCUCCAGGGGAUUUGGGUUUGUUACGUUUGCGGAUGCUGCCAGUGUAGAUAAAGUCUUAGCUCAGCCACACCACGAAUUAGACUCAAAGACGAUUGACCCUAAAGUUGCCUUUCCUCGACGUGCUCAACCCAAGAUGGUCACAAGAACAAAGAAAAUAUUUGUAGGCGGAUUAUCGGCGAACACGGUAGUGGAAGACGUCAAACAGUAUUUCGAACAAUUCGGCAAGGUAGAAGAUGCCAUGCUUAUGUUUGACAAAACCACCAACAGACAUAGAGGUUUCGGCUUUGUAACUUUCGAGAACGAAGACGUCGUGGAGAAAGUCUGCGAAAUUCAUUUUCAUGAAAUCAAUAACAAAAUGGUGGAAUGUAAGAAAGCCCAGCCGAAGGAGGUGAUGUUCCCCCCGGGGACGCGGGGUCGUGCCAGGGGUCUUCCCUACACCAUGGACGCCUUCAUGCUGGGGAUGGGCAUGCUGAGUUACCCAAACAUCGUCGCAACGUACGGUCGUGGAUACACUGGAUUCGCCCCAAGCUACAGCUACCAAUUCCCUGGCUUCCCGGCGACGGCAUACGGACCGGUGGCGGCGGCGGCGGUGGCGGCGGCGCGCGGCUCAGGGUUCCCCGAUUACGGUUUCUAUUCCGCGCCCAGUGACCACCGGGGGCCCCCCUGCUCCUUUGCGGACUAUGGCUCCCUGGGGCCCCAGGCCGCUCAGAUGCUGCACAGUGAGCAUACCAGCUCAGCCUGCAACUCCCCCCUCCAGCACCUGCACAGCCCGGAUCAGUUUAAGAGCCCAGGCACCAACCCGCCUCGACCCGGAGCCUUCCCUGGCGCCAACAGCCCGGGCCCCGUGGCGGACCUGUACGGCCCCGGCAGCCAGGACUCCGGCGUGGGGAACUACAUAAGUGCUGCUAGCCCCCAGCCCGGCUCCGGAUUCAGUCACGGCAUCGCUGGUCCGUUGAUUGCGACAGCUUUUACAAAUGGAUACCAUUGAAACCUAACAGGUGGUUGGUUGCCAUCUCAUUUGAGAGUCUGUCCGGAGGCCCCGGCAAGGCGGGCCGAAGUUUCUAAUUGGUUCUGUGUACAGGUGAUGUCAUCGGACUUCAGGCACUACAGCGUCACCCACAGGAACGGGGCUGGAGGUGGCACCACAUGAAGAACAAAAAUAAAAGCGUAAAAAUCAUCUCAGAAAAAAAAAAAAAUCUGCUGUACUAUAAUCCAAAACACGGCUUUUAAAAAUCCCUUUCAAUCCUCCUUUAAACCCGGUAACUUCAUGUAAGAUUCUGAUGUUACUUUUAACUUUAUUUUAGCUCCUUCUCUUCUUUUCAAGUUUCCUGUUUAUUUCAAGUAGCUGUAGAGUUUGAUUCUUUGAUUAUUUGCGUAUUUCUGAUUUUCUCUUAUAGACGUAACGGUGUAAAGUGUAAACUUGCGUUUUUCUUUCGACUUCUUUGUAGAGCUUGAUGUUUUCAGUGGUUAUGUUCCUCAUUUUUACCUUUGGUACCGAUCCUUAAAAAUGAUCAGACCUUCAGGUGUCAUUUUGCACACGCAAGAAAACUGACAUGGAGGGGUGAUGCUUGACGAACGAGAAAAAGAACGUUUUAAUUCGCAUAGACAGUGAGAGGGUAACUAAUAAAUCUUAGUAGCUCUGUUUUUGUUUCGUGACGUCUUGUUAACUAUUAUUACCUAUUUUGGGCAAUAAGAAGAGGACUACAAUAUUUUCACGGUCCUUUUUUUUAUAACUGUUGUUUUUUUUCUUUUGUUGUUACGAAAAAAUAGAGAUUUUUUUUU